UUGGAUUCAACCACCUCGGUAGCAAACAUAAAACCGAAACAUUGAAGCGAUUUAGACCAAUCUUGUCUAUAUUAAUCUGUAUUUUUAACAUUCUGUUUACGUAUUUACUAGUUAACAAACGUAAUUUGCUUGUUAUAUGACAUUUGUUAAUUUGUUAAAUUGAUACUGAGUCUAUCACUAUUCUAGUCGCUAACUAGCUAACAUCCCCGACCAUGAGCUCACUAAACUACUCAUCCCCUGCUAAAGAAGAGGUCUGCUGGACGGAGAAAGAAGCUCUGGGGCUGAACAUUAUCGUAAAAGAAGAAGAAGAGGAUAUUCCAGUGGAUGGAGAGGAAGAACCUUUUGGAGUGAAAGUGGAAGAGGGGGAGGUAGAACCGUUUAGAAUUAUAAAGGAGGAAGAUGAGGCUAUCGCAUCGAAAGAAAAGGAGGAUGAUCUGGUGAAAGAGGAGGAAGAACCUUUUGGAGUGGAAGAGGAGGCUAUCGCAAUAAAAGAGGAAGAUGUUUUGGGAGUGAAAGAGGAGGAGGCUGAAGAUGAGGAGGCUGAAGAUGAGGAGACUGACGAUGAGGAGACUGAAGAUCUGAAUAACACCAGAGAGAGGCCAGACACAGAGGAACCAGAGCCAGAGACGUCCAAACAAGCAAGACCACACCACUGCUCCCUCUGUGGAAAGAGUUUUAGCCAGUUAAUGAAUCUGAAAAGACAUGAGAGAACACACAUAGGAGAUAAGCCUCAUCACUGCUCCCAUUGUGGAAAGAGUUUUACCCGAUUAGAACACCAGAAAAAACACGAGAGAACACACACAGGAGAGAAACCUUUCCAAUGCUCCCAGUGUGGAAAUAAUUUUACCCGGUUAGGGAGCUUGAAUGAGCAUAAGAGAAUUCACACAGGAGAGAAACCUUUCCACUGUUCCCUGUGUGGAAAGAAUUUUACCUGGUUAGCGAGCCUGAAUGAACAUAAGAAAAUUCACACAGGAGAGAAACCUUUCCACUGCUCCCAGUGUGGAAAGAAUUUUGCCCGGUUAUGGAACCUAAAGGAGCAUGAAAGAAUACACACCGGAGAGAAGAUAUACAAAUGUUCUCAAUGUGGAAAGAGUUUUACCUGGUUAGGUGAUCUGAAAAGACAUAACAGGACACACACAGGAGAGAAGCCUUAGCAAUGCUCCCACUGUGGAAAGAGAUUCACCCGGGUUGGGAGCAUGAAAAUACAUUCGGGAGCGAAACCUCAUCAAUGCUCUCUAUUUGGAAAGAGAUUUACCUGGUUAAGGCGACUGAAAGAACAUGAACAAAUCCACACCUGAUAGAAUGUUAUCAAUGCUCCCAAUGUGGAAGGAUAUUUACACAGUUAGGGAAAGACCAUGAGGGAACACACAGACAAGAAGCCUUACCACGCACCCCAGGUGGAGAGAGAUUUACCCAGUUAGGGAAAGACCAUGAGGGAACACACAGACAAAAAAGCCUUACCACUGCUCCCAGUGUGGAAGGAUAUUUACACAGUUAGGGCAAGACCAUGAGGGAACACACAGACAAAAAAGCCUUACCACUGCACCCAGGGUGGAGAGCGAUAUCAAAUCACACGGACCUAAAGUUCACAAGAGCACACACACUGCUCUGACAUUUGUCUUCUAUAUUUUAAAUGUUUUUUUAUGCCACAUUAACUCAAUUAUACAGAAUGUAAUAAAGACAUAGUUAUGUUUUUUUUAAACAUGAAUUGAAUAUAUAGUAUGUCUGUUUUAAAUGUAGAAUACGUCAGUUUCAUCUGCAUGUAAUGGAGGAGUAUUAAUACCUGGGUGUUGUACUUGACCAGGCUUACAGUGGGCAGAAAUGCACAGAUAAAGAUAGCAGAGGCUCUACAGUUUUUUGAUUAUCCAGAUGCCACAAUAUCACAUAAUCAUAGAGGCUGUCACAGUGGAAGAGGAGGAGACUGUCACAUUAGAAGAAGAGGUGGAUUUUAUAGUGAAAGAAGAGAAAGGACCUUUUGGAGUGAAAGAGGAGACAGGAGAUCUGAUUAACACUAGUGAGUACUGUCUUAAAAACAGGACCACAAACUCUGCCAUUGUUCAACUAAUGUAUGAUUUUUAAGAGGCAUUCUAUUGACGUUUUACACUUGAAUUUGUUAUUCAGGGAUGUGUUCAGUACGAGAUAACAGUGUUCAGCGUUUAAUUAAACAGUGUGAUUGGUGGCCCAGAGAUUGUGUUUUCAAAUGGUCACACCCAUAUUAAAGGAGAAUUGUGCAUUUUUUAAUAUUUUUUUUUACAACCAAAUGUAUAUUUUUGAUGUAAGUGUUAUAGAAGGGUCCAGACACUUGUUCUUGAGAAACUUACCCCAACCAUUGAUUAGGGAUGGACACAGUUAUUUGAAUAUUCUUUACAUCAAAUAACCUUACAUUCUCUGUGACAUUUCUACAUACAAGGAUAGACCACGACAGUUUUAUGACAGUUUUUUUUAGUUUUUAUGAGUGCACCUGUAAAAAAUACAUACCGGUAGCCGACACACUUCAUACGUGUAGCUUCUUGUUGUCAGCCAAUCAAAGCAGCUCUACAGUCAGAGACUCCAUGUGUAUUACAAUUACGGAAUGAAGUUGGCUAAAUGACAAGGAGUCGGCUACAAUCAUCAACCAACAGGUGGGCUGUUGUUUAAUCUGAAUGGAGUUGUUGUAGACAUGGACAGGUAAUGCAGCAAAAUAGCCUCUAUUAGCCUUGCUAGCUAGCUAGCUUCUUUACACCGAUUUGAUGCAGGCAAGACAGACACUACCAGAUGAGAUGAUAGAUAACCUAUGGCGGCAGGUUACCUAGUGGUUAGUGUUGGGCCAGUAACCGAAAGGUUGCUGGAUCGAAUCCCUGAGCUGACAAG